AUUCCAACAGGAACUAUUCCUCUCAUUCCGUCUUACUUGUCAAGUGAAUACGUCAUCAUUGUUGUUCCAAAUCACCAGUACUGAAUAAUUUAAUUGAAUCAGACAUGGAUUUACUCUCUGCUAUCGUGAUAUUGGGAUUGAUUCCAGUGGCAAUUCUGCUGGCAAUAAAUAUAUGUCUGCAUCGCAGUCGAAUAGGUCGAUGUGUCGAUAAGAUUCCGGGACCCAAAGGAUUGCCCAUCAUUGGCAAUUACCUGGAUUUCGUUGUGCCAGUCGACGAAAUUUUUCUGCAACUGAGAAAAUUCAGUAAACAGUUUUAUCCCACAUAUAAAUACUGGAUUUUACAUCGACCGGUGGUGAAUAUUCGACACCCGGAUGAUGUUGAGUUGAUACUGUCUAAUAUCAAUACCAUUGAAAAAUCUACACAUGUUUCUCUCCUGGAACCCUGGUUGAAUGAGGGCCUCUUGAUAAGCACAGGGGAUAAAUGGCGCGGCCGAAGGAAGAUGUUGAAUCCUGCAUUCACCAAUUCUCUCCUCCAGAAAUUUGUGGAGACAUUUGCAGAGCAAACUGAGCGACUUGUAAGGUCUCUUAAAGCUGAAACAAGUGCACAGGACGGAGUCGCUGUUAAGAAUGUUGAGCAGAUGUUCUCGAGGCUCUCACUCAACAUAAUAUGUGAAACGGCAAUGGGAAUAUCUCUGGAUGACAAAGAUCGAGACCAAUACGCCUACAUCAAUGCGAUCCCCGUCGCUGCACAAAUAUUUCAAUUCAGAUUCAUGAGACCCUGGUUAUCGAAUAAUUGGAUUUUCUCAUUAACAAAAAUGGGAAAACAGCACGAUAAGGUGCUAAAAAUAAUACACGGAUUUUCAGGGAAGAUUAUUCAAAUGAGAAAAGAUUACCAUCGUGCGAACGGCUGGAGAUAUUUGGAGGAAUUAUCGGAAGAAAAUACACAAGAAGAAAUUGAGGGCAAGAAAAAAAACCGUCAAAGACUUGCGCUUCUCGACCUUUUGAUCGCUGCAUGGAAAGCCUCGGCAAUUGAUGAUGCGGGCAUUCAGGAAGAAGUUGAUAUGUUCGUGGUUGCUGGUCAUGAUACAACAGCCACAGCACUGAGUUUUACAACAUUACUUCUUGCAGAGCAUAAAGACAUCCAGGACAAAUGUCGGGAAGAAAUCAAUGAAGUAUUAAACGGAAUUCCCAUGGAAAAAAUUACCAUAAGAGAAGUUCAGAGGAUGCAUUACCUACAACAAUGUAUCAAAGAGGCCAUGCGGCUGUAUGCUGUGGCUCCUCUAGUAUCUCGUAAAGUGGCCGAGGACACGAAACUGAAGGAUUAUUUCGUCCCUCGAGGAACUGAGGUUUGUGUUCACGUAUUCGAUGUUCAUCGAGAUCCUCAUUUCUGGCCUAAUCCAGAUGUAUUCGAUCCUGAUAGAUUUUCACCUGAGAGAUCUAAAGGCAGACAUCCUUAUUCGUACCUACCCUUCGGUCUUGGCCCCAGAGCUUGUAUUGGGGCCAAAUUUGCAAUGCUGGAACUGAAAACCGUUAUGGCGCAGCUUCUCUCCAAUUUCUACCUUGAACCCGUGGAUUUAAUUGGUGAUGCACGCUUUUUGAUGGAUGCCGUCAUCAGAUUAGUUGAUCCAGCGCACGUCAAACUUGUUCCGAUUAUUAAAUAAAUUAUCAUCGAAAGGCAGCGUGAUUGUUCAUAGCGAUAAAUAGAAAAUUGUCUUCUAAAUAAAUGAAAUUUUUUCCAACGUGAUUUUUCUAUGAUGCAAAUGA